GCUAAUAAUUGACACAUGUAAAGGGAAACACGCACCGAAAAGCAAGUGUUAAUAGUUACUUUUGGUACGUUAAUGGGUGGCGAAGGUCGAAGCGAAUCAUUCUCUUGAUGUGUCGCCCAGAAACCAUGUGAGCUGCUCCGCUCCUGAGAGAGUUUCCCAUGCUUGUUUGUCACGAUAAUGAUGGUGGCUAGCGGUGUUCAUUCAAAUGGUCAACCUUUGUAUAGAGAAAAAUAUGGUGUUUCAUGAUUUUCAUGCCCUCAGAUUCGAUUCGUUUCUUGAUCAAUUAUCACACCCUCCAACUCAACUCAUUCUCUUCCCAUUUCUCUCAGACGUAACCACACCACCCCUUCGCCCCCAACCCGAACACAAAUAAAAUCUCAGACGUACUCUCCCCAGCUGAUCCAUCGUUCCCUCUUCCUUUUCUAUUUCCUUCGUUUUAUAAGAGACUGCUCUUGCUUACAACCUAAUAAUGGGUUGUCUUGAUGAUGGGUGCACUACUGGCCUUGUUCUGGGGUUAGGCUUCGCACCUUUAACAGACCUAGAGAGGAGUACGUCAAAGCCAGGUGAUUACAGCAAUAGACUUAUAAGGCCUCAGAUUAAGCCAUCCCUCAAGUUUGACCACAACCCAUCAACGAGUACAAGUUUUGAGCUGUCACUUAGUUUGGUUCUUUCUUCUGAAACUUAUAGCCAUGCAGGUUCUCGCCAAAAGACCAUGGAUGGAGAGAAAGGUUGUGAGGAGUCUAUUGGUGCUCAUGAUCUGUUGUAUCGUCAAGCUUCUCCUGAUCAGAGCGCUGUUUCUUCUUUCUCUAGCGGUAGGGUUAAGAGGGAAAGCGACCUUGGCUGUGAAGAUAUAGAGGUAGAGAGGAUUUCUUCAAGAGUGAGUGACGAGGAUGAAGAUGGAACCAAUGCCAGAAAGAAACUUAGGCUCACCAAAGAGCAAUCUGCCCUUUUGGAGGAAAGCUUCAAACAACACAGCAACCUCUAUCCUAAGCAGAAGGAAGCUUUAGCAAGGCAGCUGAAUCUACGGCCGAGACAAGUAGAAGUAUGGUUUCAAAACAGAAGAGCCAGGACAAAACUCAAGCAAACUGAAGUGGACUGUGAGUUCUUGAAGAAGUGCUGUGAAGCACUAAAAGAUGAGAAUGGGAGGUUACAAAAGGAGCUACAAGAACUUAAAGCACUGAAACUGGCACAGCCCUUUUACAUGCACAUGCCAGCAGCUACUCUAACCAUGUGCCCAUCCUGUGAAAGAAUCGGUGGUGUUGGUGAUGGUGCUUCAAAGAGCUCCUUCUCAAUGGUUCCAAAGCCUGACUUCUAUAAUACCUUCACCAAUCCGUCAGCUGCAUGUUAAUGAAGUUGCCACGACAUAUAUAAGAGAGGAAUAAACAUAGCUUAUUAAUUACACCAACCCCACAAUCCAUCUGUUUUUUGGUUAAGGGCUUGUACUGAAAGAUUAGUGUAAGUAAUUAUUUUUUAGAAAAUAUUAAUUACGGAUAAAUUUCCCUUC